AUGGAUGCGCACACAAGCGAAGACAGCGGGAGCGGGAGCGAGGGGGCGGGCACCAUCAGCAACAGAGAAAGGAGGAAACAGCAAAUGCAACGGAAACAGCAAUGUCGGAGACGAGUCAACGCAUCGAGUGCCGCAGUGCCGGUGGAUGCCGCUACCACUUUAGCUGGUCCCACUGAUGUGGGUGGUUUUUGCAGCUCCCCAGGUGAUGGGUGGGCUCAUGAUCAACAGCCCCCUAUGACAUGCGCCUGCAGAGUGGAGUAUUGCCCAACAUGCGGAAUGCCGUUCGAGUACUGCGAGUUCUCUGGGGCCGCGUGUGCCAAACAGGAAGAGCAACAGGAUGCUCCAAACGAAGGCAUGGUGCAGCAACCGGCACAUGAAAAGCAGCUGUCUGAUGAAUUCCAGGAAAAGGCAGCAAUUAGCAAUGCUAAGCGAGGAGCUGGGAAGACAGUCGGUGCAAAGCCCAAGGUUGUAACAGUGCAGAAACAGGCCAAGCGAAGAGGAAAAUACGUGACCAAUAUUUGGGGGCUUGAAAAUUUCGGCGUAAAGCAGGAAGUCGCAGCGAAGCUCGCGAGCAAGCACUUUGCAUGCGGAUCGUCAUUUCAAAAGGGGCAGCCGGGCCAGGCGCCUAGUGUUGAGAUUCAGGGCGAUGUCGAGGAAACAGUAGCAGCCUUCCUUUUGAAGAACUUCGAAAUUCCCGAAGACAAAGUUGUGUUUCUCCCGGAAAAGUGA